CCGUACUGUAAGAGCACGGUCUUUAGUGAGCCGUCACAGGCAUUGCGAGACGCAACGUUCUCAAAUCACGCCAAAAUCACCGCCAAACCGGAACAUUGCGAUUCCAGUUUGCUGCUCCGGCUGCCGUCCAGGGCUUUGGUUCUAAAAAGGACGCUUGUGAAUCUCGAUCUGCACGCACUACACCACAGUCGCAUGCGAUAACCUGCUUUUGCAGACCAAGAGACAGUAAUUACACUACGACAAUCACGCCCAACAUCACCCAUCGCGUCAUGGCAAGCAGCAGCUCCAGCGCAUUGGCCUCUGGCGAUGCCAUUGAAAAGCCCAGCUUCCUUUCCUUUCUCAAAAAGACAAAGCAGCAGCAAAAGGAAGAGCAGCAGAAGCAAAAGGCGGCCAAGACGGACAGUAAGAAGAAGCGAGCGGCGAAGUCGAGCGAUGAUGAGAUAAGCUCCUGUGAGUAUUGAUUGAUUGAUGUCUUGCUUUAUUUCCUCCACCCAUAUUUUUUUCCCUCUUCUCUCUUAUCUCCAUCGUUGCAAGCCCGAUGAAUAGCAAGUCAGCUUUGGUUCUUGCUUUUGCUGGCAGGCUCGCCAUUACGCGAGACCAGCAAUGACAAAUCACUGUCUGUUGCUUGCUGAUGCCCGCUUCCCUCCCGCGCCCCCCGAUAACCUUUGGCUGCUGGCUGCUAGCGCAAUGCCAAAUAUCAAUCGCCGCCGCCGCUGCUAGAUGCCGCCGCUAUUUGCCAUGCAUCAUAAUUCCAUAUUUCUACCGCGCGCGCGCCUGACCUUGCGGGGACCUCGUCGCCGUGGAUAGUCGGGUAUAUUGGGCGUGUGUGCCAUGCCCUUCCCGUCAUCGACACAUCACCGCAUCUGCUUUUCUUUCUCUUCUACUCUACUCUUCCUCCUAUUUUGCCUUUUGUUGACUGCUGUUGAUUUUCUUCCACUAUCAACAAUCUAUUCACCCGUCACGUCACACAUCAUAUACACACACAGAUACACAUAUGCCGUUCUUAUCGCGAAGACGGAGCCGGUCUCCAGACUCGCAGGCCAUUGCCAGACAUGCCUUGAACAGAAGAACUGAAAUGUACGCAGCCACAGAUAGCACAGCCCAGGCGGCCAAGGAGAAAGCACAAGCCCGACGUGCCCAGGUCAGAAAGGCCCAGAUCGAACAUCGCCAGCGAAAAGCAAACUAUGUCAAACAGCUCGAACUCGACAUCUCCCAGCUGCGUGAGAUGGUCACCCAGAUCCAGCGGGACUCGGAUACGCUCAAGGCCGAAAAUGACUUGAUCCGAAACGCCCUCAUUCGAAACGGCUCCUCCACACCAGGCUUGACUACGGCCGGCUCGACCUCUCAAGUCGCCGAGUCUGGCGCUCUCACACCAUCCGCACAGUCGGACCUAAGCUCCUACACGCCCAACUUCCACCCAUACGCCCUCGAAUCUCUGAGCAGCGAGUAUGACAUGACCGUCACUCUUAGCAGUAAUAAGACUAUGGGCACGCCCAUCUUUAGCAUCAGCCCAUACUCAGUCGGCGCCGCUUCACCCUCCACCUCGAGCGAAGGCUGGCUUGCCGGCCGUAUCCAACUCACCCCGAGCCAAGAACUCCAGGCUAUCAACUUCAUCUUAGCCCUCGAACACUGCUGUUGGGACCAUUUCUGGCCCGGCGACUGCCACCACCACAACGAACAAACCGAAGAAGAAAAGGGCCACACGCUCAUGGCGUCCUCAUACUUCAUGGCCAGCGCACCCGAGUCUGUCUACAAAGACCGAAAAGCCUUUACCAGCCGCUUCCGAACCAACCCGACACUGCAAUGGCAAGCAUCGCCUGUCAGCCUCGAGUCGCUGCACGGUCUCGCGCAGUCGCUUAACCCGGGCACGGACGAGAUCGCCCCAGUCCAGGCGUGGUUCGAGCUGGCUGUGCGAUACCCUAUCGAACGCCUCUUUGACCAGGCCCUGCUGGAGAAUCUUAAGCGCGAGUUCCGUGGUGUCGUACGCUGUGUUGUGUUUGGUGCUGCCAUUGAGAGGUCUGCGUUUGAGAGCAUUAUUGCUAGAGUAAUGGGACCGUCUGUAGGCGGUGCUGUUGUCUUUGAAGUAGAUGAUGGUGGUAAUCCCAUUCAGCAAUGAGCUGGAAAAUAAGAAAAAAAGAAAGAGAGAGGAGUUAAUUGGAGUGUGGGGAAAGCGAGCGUUGACUGAUUUCUUUUGUUCAUAAUGUAUAUUGGAGUUGCGGGACAUGAUGUAGUAGUAGUUUAUGACAACCACCACCGUCGAGAAAAGAGAAGACAUGAAUGACUAUUGUUAUCUUUUUUUAUGAUUCUAUGGCGUAAUCUUUUGUCUAGUAUAUAUUGCGUCUUUUCUUUUUUGAUUAAAGAGUAUCUACAAGGCCUUGACCAUAGUCUUUUCGUCAAACAGAUCCCGAAGCAAACUCUGCACAUAUGCCUCCGUAUCUGGUGCUCCCAUGGCAUACACACUCUCAAAUGCAAAGAUGCUCAGCUGCCCAAAGAACGGCCGCAGCACCUUGGCCACCAGUUCGUCCUUGCGCUCAAAGGUCACAUUGUCCCCGAUGCCGCCGGGUCCCAGAAGCAGACGCCUUCGCGAACCACCGCUGAGCGCGCUGACAUUGCCAAUGUCCUCAUGUCCUCCGGCAGUAGCGGCAUAGGCUGCACUGCCAAGAUCCUCUGAAAUCUCAUCAGCUAGAGCGACUGGUUGCGUAGACGACGAGCGGUAAAUGGCGUCGAUAUUGUCGGUGAUGAAGAGCCACUCGUGCAGCUGGAAGUCGUCGGGCGCGAGGCAGAUGAGAAGAUCGAGCAGCUUGCAGGCCUGGAAAAUGGAUGCAAUGGCGUAUGUGUCCGCUGCGGCGCUGUUGUCGGGCGCAAUGACAGAAGAGAUGGCUGCGUGGAUCUCGGAAUUGAUAACCGGCCAGAGCAUGGACAGAUGCACAGGGUUCAUGCGAAGAACCAGAGCACGCACCACCAUGUAAAUAUCGGCGCGGGUGGUCGAAGAUGGCGAGGAUGUGUUGGUUGCCGACAAAAGCUCAACCAGCUUGCCAAAGAUGACGGGAAGGUCCAUUACAAAGGCAUCCUCCGUGCCGGCGAGGAUGAGCGUUGCGAUGCGGCGCAAGUUGAGCUGUGUCUUGCGGUCUGCUUCAAGGCGCGCUGAUGUGGCUCCCACGCCAAAGACGAUACCUGCUGUUGUGGGUGCAGCAAUGCGCGAGACAAUCUCGGGCAUCUUUUCCUUGUCUGCAAAGAACCAUUGCUUGAGCAGCGGUAGCCAGUCGUUGGAAACCAGAGUGAGGUUCAUGCCGAAGAAUCGGUUGUCGUUGAAGGCGUCUCCCACAUCCUUCUUCCACGACUUCUGGUUGUUUUGUAGCUUCGCUAGUUCAUGCAUGAGACGCAUGGCGCUGCGGGAUACCGAGUCGGGGAAGCUCUUGGACUUGAGCAUUGGUCCGAUUACAUUUGUAGAGAUUGUGCUGGCCGCGGAAAGCGUUCGGUCAUGUUCAGGCACAACCUUGUGCAGAUUAGGCACUACAGAGGCAAGGAUACCAAUUGUGUCGUCUGAUCCCGCAGUAGGCCCUUUGAUUGUUGCCGACUUCUCGCUCAUACUCUGCUCUGUGAAGGUCAUUGGCCGGGUCGUAAACAUGGCGGCAACGAGGCGGAGGAAGAGAUCGCCUAGCUCGCGGCGCAUUUUACGCUGGUCGCCAAAGUUGGUAUUAUCUACCUUUUCCCCAAGAAUAACGGCAAACUCUAGAAGAGAAGGUAGGAUUUGCCGGUGAGGAAGGGGGUUGGCUAGGAUAUCUUUCAAAAACGUGAUGCAGUCGGCCCAAAUCUCGUCCAUGGCGUCGUCGUCUAGUCUUCUAGCAUAUUGAACCAAGAAUGCUGCAAGCUCUGUAUCUGCCAAAGACACCGUCAUGGCUGACUGCCUAGACGGGUCAAGUGCUGUUGGAUUAGUGCGGCUGUAUAUAGAGUUGAAGAGGGAUGGCACUGUUUGUCUAGGUCGUGCCGCAUCGAGGGCGGCCAAGAAGUCGAAACAGAGCGACCAUUCGGCUUCUGUUUCUGAAUUAUGCCAUAUAUCAAUGACAAUUUCUAGACAUUCAAGGGUCUCUGUCGCAAAGAGGUGCUCCAGGAGGCGGCGAGCGCGGUUUCUCAUUCGGAGAGAGGUGUAGUUGAAGGACGCCGCAGAGGCUGUAUCCUGCCUUGCUGCUUCAUCUCCUUGACCCCAUGACCAUAUUUUGUAGCAUAUUCUCACAGCAUCUUGGAAUGCCAAAUGAACUGUCAGUCUGUCAUUCGCUGUGGCACUGCGACUCUGUGGCGUAUCUGAUUGAAACACGCCCGAGACCAUGCUACCGAACAACGACUGAGGUUGGUCAGGCCCCUUGGCCAAUUCUGCUCGUGCCUCAUCCGCCACGAGUUGAUCGUGGGCUCUUGCCAAGACCUGCUCGAGUCCAUUUAAGAGGUAAAUGAGGGUCGAUUCGGGAGCCUCUGUGCCAGUGCCUAGCGGAGCAUUGCUAGUUUGGAAGGUUGUUGCAAGAUUGGAGAAUGUAUUGGUGAUUUGCUUACACAGACUCUCAACCAGAGGGAUUAGGAUCUGAAAGAUGGAGCUCGAGUACAUCGGAAGGCAUUCGCCCAAGAAAACUACCCAGCUAUCAAGGACCGCUUGACUGCUUGGAGCGCUGAGGCCAGCUUGCAGACAUUUGAGAAGCUGGGCCGGUAGCUGUAAGGAAAAGCGUACAUCCGGUGCAGCAGCAGAUGGCUGGCGAGCCCGCGGACGCUCCAGACUCUGACGGCUUCUGUCUGCAGUCGGCGAUGUAGGUGGUUCAGGAACGGCUAGCUCUUGCAGAUGAAGGCUGUCAUGAACAGCAUCUAGAAGAAGAAUCUGCAUGUAAGAAUCUUGCCCACUGAGAGACUUCCAUAGUGCAUCGACAAGGACGUUCUCAAGACUCAGUUUAGCAAGCGUGGGAGCCCAUCUGCUUCGCAGGAAUUGGUGAAGCACUAUGAGAGCAUAUCGUUGUAGCUGAGAGACAGAAUGUUGUAGGUGUUCAUCAGCGUCCGGUGAUGCGGUGCAAGUGAUGCAAGUGAUGCAUACACGUGCAAAGUAUUCCUGUAAAGGAAUUGAGUCGUCUUCGCCACCGCUACUAAUAUGCAAACGACGGCCAUUAUAUGCCAGGUACUUCGCCGCAAGAACUCCCCAGGAAGUAUCCCUGGUACAUUGUAAAACCUGGUUCAACGCCCGCAGGUAGUAAAGGCCAAGAUCCACAUCAUCAUCAUCAGUGAAUUGCUUUGGAACCGCCACAAGCUCUUUGUCCUUUCCAAAUUCUAGUGGAAUCGAAAAGAAUGAUAGCUGGUCCAAUUUCGUGGCAACCAGGAGGUAUAGUCUAGUUGCCAUUAGCAUAUUAAAAUAUAUCAAGAAAGGGGGAAGAAGAGUUACCUAUCGAUACCAAUCAUCGUGCUAAGCCAUGCUUUGACGGUCAUGUAUUGAGUUGUUCUCUCAUCAAACAGGGUGUCCAAAAUUAAGAAGAGUGGUUGCGAGAGCAUAAUGGGGUAGCUCUCGGCACCCGAUAGUCGUGGGCUGGUCCUUAGAUCUGAGAGUUGUCCCUUUGAGCCGCGUCUUUCAGGUUGGUUGUCCUGGAGCGUGUGAGACCAUAAAAUGCUAAACACCCGACCAAUGUCAGAAGUUCCAGCUGUCGUCUGCCUCACGAUUAUAGUUGAGAGCGCGGCCUCGAUGUCUCGACGUUCAGCUGUUAGAGCCGUCUGCAACUGCCAAAGGGAUUUAACAGUCUCGACAUGGUAUUUUGGUUCUGAUACUGACAGAUAUGACCAAGCAUGAUUCACAAGAGGUGCUGUCAGCUCUGCAAGUUCAUCCAGGGUGAUUCUUUCGGCAUAGUGCAGCUGCACAGCUAGGAGCAGUAAUGAAGAAUAGUCACUAAAUUGCAGAGAGCCUGAUGAUUUCAGAACAGUCUGCAUGUGACCAAGUAAUGCGGCAGUAUCGAGGUUGUAUGUAGAAUCAACCUUCAUUACAACAAGAAGUAAUAUUUUGACCCUGUACGUGACGUCGAUGGUAGAAUUCGAGCCAUCUGACAGCUCAACCAUGCUUUUCGCUGCUCUGUCCAACAAAAGUUGGCCAGUUUGAGUCUUCGUGAAAGGUGCUGAGGCUGUAUCAAGAUUUCCUUGUUCAUUGACAUAAAAGUUUCGGAUGCGUUUGAGGAGCUCGACAUUGGAUAAUGACUUCGAGAAGUCGGAGUCCUUGUGCCGUUCUUCGGACCCUUUUGAGAUGGCAGGAAAGGCUCGCUCGGGAAUUAGAUCCAAAAGUGAGGUGACGAUUGAUAGAACUUUGUUUAUCAGACUAAUGUCAUUUGCGGUAGGUGAAAACUUUCGGCCUUUUGAAUCUUCAAGCAUGUAUAGUGCCGCCAAACAAGUCAACGGUGCAUGGAUAGUUACCAUUUCUUCCUCGCGGACGUUGAAAUUGGAGAUGACAAAGUCAAUAAGAGAUAGCUUUUCCAGUCGCUCCUCUGUAGUCGCGGGGCCAGGACCAAUGGCUUGUGCCAACAAGCUAACAAGCUCACUGUAUAUGAGACCACUUUCAAUACCAUCAAAGAAGACACUAGCACUACGAAGAACUUCCUUGAACUCAGCAGCAGUUGCAGCACUAGAUUUAAAGCCCUUGACACUUUUGAUGACGGGGAGGAAUAUUUCAGGUACAACAAGUCCACCAAUCUCCCAUCUAUCCAUAAGUGAGAGGCAAAUUCGAUAAGGACGAGCUCGCUCGACGGAAUCACUGGCUUCUGUCUCUCUGAUCAUAUCGAGAAGAGCUUUGACGAGAGCAGACAUGCCAUAUUCUUCGAAGAAGUUUGUUCGAGCGGCAAGAUACAUCUGCUGCUGGUCAGAAGGAAGCGUAGCCAUAUCAGUAAUGGGGUCUCCGUCCGGUCCCGUGGGCUCUGGUCCAAGAAGCCAAGCCCAGAGACGGCGGUUGAGACUCAUAUCUCUCCUAAUGACUACGCCGGUAGCAGCCUUGAGAAGCAAUUCAAUGUCACCAGAUUUAACUUGCUUCUGUAGCACGCUCGAAUUGAGAGGAAGAUGGGAAACGAGCAGAUCCAGGAAGCCUCUUUGAAUGAGCAGCUGCUCGUCGGCUAGACCGCUUGCAAAACAUCGUACUAAUAGACCAGGCUCAGGAGAUGUUACAAUAGUCAUCAGUGCCGGAUCUAUUUCUUGAGCUGUACUCUUGCUGCCGUCACCCUUUGGCGCGGACCCAAGUACAGGUAGAAAGCGAACAAGAUAGGCAAGUGCACCAGCUCUGCGACUGUGACUCGUAAUGGUGGCCAAGAAAAAGCAUUGCCAGAAGAAGUCGUCGCCAGUCGAAUGGUGAUCAGUCAGCUCUUUGCUCUCCGCAGGCCUGAUAGCAGCUUUGAACUUGGCUACCAAGUGGAGUGUGCGGUCAAAAUCCUCACUAGAUUCAUCUUCGAGGCCAGGCAAUAGAGCCAAUAUUAUAGAUCGCAUUGCGGGGCGUAAGGACCGGGCGUCAAUAUGUGUGAAAUGGGUUUCGAGAAGUUCGAGGAAUGGGGAGCGAACGGAUAGCGAAGCAAACGAGAGAGUCGGUGCAAGGCCGGGUAGGUAUAAGGGGAGAUCUCGCGACAGACCAUCCUUUCCAAUAACUUCAAAUAUAUAGUUGUAAACUUCGAGGGCCUUUUGAUGGACGCCGGAAGGCAGGUUCGGGUCGAGA